AAAUCUGGAAAUUCAAUUAAAAUUCAAAACAAUUUUUGUUUAAAUAAGCAUUGCAUAGAUAUUGUAAAUUGCGUCAAAGAAGAUUAUCAUAAAUCUGCUAUUCAAAACAUACUCUAAUAACAAUUAGGAACAAAGAAUACAGUUGUGCAAACAAAUAUUGUUUUUACUACUUGAAUUUGAAUAGAGGAAUUUUCUGAACGGUUGGUUAAUGUCCAUCAGUCCACAAACAUGGCGGAAUAAUAAGAGGUUGUAGAGAAAAUUGAAAGAUGUGUUCUGCAAAUGUUAAUAAAUAAAGCAACGUGAUUUAAUAAUUUUUCGAGUUUCAAGUGAAACAUUUCAUAAUGACAUCGCUACAAUUUGUUGUUCAUCCUUUACCAGGCACUGAGGAACAGUUAAACGACAGGUUAAAAGAAGUGUCAGAACGAUUAAAUCGUCUUGGUGCAUCUCCACCUGCUGCUUUGGCUGAACUUCGUGUCGGUAUUCGUGCAAUAGCUCUAGGCUCAACUCAUAUUGCGCUUCUACUUGAUGAUGGGCGAGUGUGCCGUAUGCAAUUUAGUGUCAUUCCUGAGCGAUUAGAUUUAAGUCGCAAUGAUAAUAAUAAUAAAAGUAGUGGCAGUGGCGGAGGAGGAGGUGGAAGUGGCCCUUCCGGCGUUGGAAAUGGUAAUUCCAGUACAUCAGGUAAUACGGGAACAUCAAAUAAACAACCUGGGAGUAGUAGCCGACAAUUAACACGACGAGCUCGAAUAAUGCGUUCUAGCACAGCUAUUCGAGGAAGUUCGAGUAGUUCAGGGGGUCGAGCUCCGGGUGUUAUUAUUGGUACUGGAAGUUCUAGCAGUGCAAGACAAAUGGUUUCCGUACCCGCUCCUUAUGUUCCCGAAGAAUUGGUAUCCCAAGCACAAGUUGUGCUUCAAGGAAAAAGUCGUAACUUAAUAAUUAGAGAACUUCAGCGCACUAAUCUCGAUGUGAAUCUUGCUGUUAAUAAUUUAUUAUCUCGUGAUGACGAAGAAGGUGAGGAAGGAGAUGAUGGUGCUGACAGCUAUGUACCAGAAGAUUUAAUUUCAUUACUCGAUGGUGGUUUCCAUGCUGAUCAUUCUGUAAUCAUAGAUGCAGAUGCAAUGUUUUCAGAAGACAUGUUUGGAUAUUCCAGUAUUAGGAAUGUGCUACGCAGUCGUGCAAGUAGUGGUAGACAACGAUCCAGUGCUGCAGAACGCGAUACACGUGGUCCACCUGGAGGUAAUUCAAAUUCUGGUCCAGAUCGUGAUCGCGAUAGUUUUAGUCGUUGGCGUGAACGACAAUAUUUUGGACCAAGACGAUGGUUAGAAUCUGCAUUGCGUGAAAGUAGUUGGGAAAAAGAUCCAGAAACUAAGAAAAAGGAAUUAUCUGCAAGUCCUUUAUGGGUAUCUGAUGAUUUAGAAUUCUGGCCUGAUUCAUCAUUAAGAUUUGUUAGUAUUGGAGCUUUACACAGUGAACUUAUUGCAUUGUCAUCGACUGGACAAAUUCAUCAGUGGCGUUGGUCGGAUCUCGAACCUUAUCGUCAUCCAGAUAAUCCAAAUGUUCAUCACCCGAAAACAAUCCAAUUAAACUUACUAAACGAGAAAGUAGUGCAUGUAUCAGCAAGUUCAGUGCGGUGUUCUGUUCUUACAAAAUCUGGUAAAGUUGCCACAUGGCUAGAUGAACUACUAUUCCCAGCAGCAGCAAAACUUGAACAUGGCGCUCAACAAUAUACAGAAUUUCAAACAGACCGUAUAAUAUCAUUACAUACGUGCUCAUUGUAUACAGUUGCAAGAUUAGAAAGUGGAGCUUUAUAUUGGUGGGGUGUACUACCAUUUUCACAACGGAAGCGUUUAUGGGAUAAAUAUCGAGCAAAAUGCCGUAAACAUAGACCAACUUCAACACCAGAAAUAGUCACUGGGUCACAAGUGUGUAUGAAAAAUAGUCCAAUGUAUCAACCAGGUGCAAUUGGAUUUACGGUUAAUGGUGGUGUACCAAAAGUAGGACAGUUACAGAAUGCGGCUUGGAAUUUAUCUGAUAUUUGUCGAUUUAAAUUGAUAUCGGCACCUGGUAUGCAAAGUGCUAACUCAAAUUUGGAUACUAAAAAAGAUACAACUAUAGCAAAUGUUGCAAGUUCCGCUACGGCAAUUGCAUCCAGUUCUGGAAACAGCUCUUUGGCUAGUACUAGCGGCAAAAGCAAUUCACAUAAAGAAUCAGCUGAUCGAAUUGAUAUGCCUCCACCACCAUCGCCAGCUUCGAGUACUUGUAGUGAUACUGGAAUUACCUUAAUUACAUCAAAGAGAAAAAGAAUUUGUACCACCUCUGAAUCAUCAAAUGGAAAUAACACAUCAGAUUCAACAAGCCGUCGUGACGAAGAGGAGUGGUCAUUACGUGAUGUCGUUUUUGUUGAAGACGCGUGUAGUACACCAGCAGGUCGUGUUCUAAAAGUAGACGGUGCUUAUGCUGCUGUACGUUUUUCAUCAACAAAUGCCACGCGUGAUACAAAAGAAGCAACGGUGGAUGAUACUGCGUCAUUGCUUCAAGAUUGUCGCUUGAUGCGAAAAGAUGAUUUACAAGUUGUUAAACCGAAUGUGACGUCAAGAAUACCCGAUUGUGUCCAACGUACACCAAGGCGAGUACCAUUAGUUGGUGAAUCAUUACCUGGAGUACAAAUACUUGCAUUAGCAGUAGAUGCUCAAGGUGUACACGCUGUGGUCCGACAAGGUGUCCUUCCAAAUACACGACUCAGCUACGUGGUGUAUAACUUAAGUUCUGGACGGGUUGAACAAGAUAGUCCAUUCCCAAGUGAUACAACUGCUUUUAUGGGACUUUAUCCGCAAGACAUUACAUUAACUAGUGCUGGAGAGUGUUCGGAAAGUGUAUUAAUAUUACGUGACGGAAACAGCACAAUUUAUCCACUAGCAAAAGAUUGUACAGAUGCUGUACGUGAACCACAAUGGUUAGACUUGCCUCCUGUUCGAUGUUUAGGAGCCGGUACUCUAUCCUUAUCAACAAACAGUUCUAGUAAUCAUUUAAAAAAUCGAGCUGCAUUAGUCGUACUCGCAUUAGAAAAUCAAAUAUUGAUUUCUCGUGUAUUACGGUGUGAUUUAGAAGGAGUUCGGCAAGUUUUAACACAAUUAGAAAUUGAAUCAAAAAUGAACAGUUCCAAUAUUGAUUUGGUAUUAGCGGAACGUUGCGAUGGAAAUCGUAAUGUUUUCCACGCAUGUGUAAAUAUGUGUACACCUACAUCAAAUAAAGAAGGCGAUAAUGAAACAGCUAAUAGCGCCGGUCUAGAAUGUAUGAAUGUCAUAACUAAUGCUCUAGGAUCAAGAUCUGUAUCGCUACGUGAAAUGAUGAGACGCGCCGCGCAAGACGUUGUAGCAAAUCGCUCGUCAAGUGAUAAUGCACCAUCAAAUUUACCUGAAGAACCAAUACCAACAUUAAGUUGGCCACCAGAAAAUUUUGAUCCAACAUCAGGCGAUGAAGACAGUUUAAUGGGAUUAGGAAAAGGUACACCAGGUACAUCAACUUCAUCACAUAUGCCAUCAACUCCAGUUAUUGUAACAGAUCCCACUGAACGCCGGCAAAAUGCUAUGGCUGCAUUAAAGCUAAUGUGUGAUUCACCUGUUUUGGCACCAUAUCUCCGAGAAAUGCUUAGUGCAAAGGAUGCUCAAGGACAAACACCGUUUAUGUUAGCUGUUGGAUCACGAAGCUAUCCUGCAGCUUUGACUUUACACGAUUGCAUACAAAGAGUUGCUGGAAUUGGUGGAUCUCGCACAGAAAUGAUUUUUCCUACUGGGUCACAACCUGAUCAUUCACCAUUACAUGUUCUUUGUAGUAACGACACUUGUAGUUUUACUUGGACUGGUCCGGAACAUAUUAAUCAGGAUAUAUUUGAAUGCCGCACAUGUGGUUUAACUGGAUCAUUCUGCUGUUGCACGGAGUGUGCGCGUGUAUGCCAUCGAGGUCAUGACUGUAAAUUAAAAAAGACAUCACCAACAGCGUACUGUGAUUGUUGGGAGAAAUGUAAAUGCAAAGCUUUAAUUAUGGGAAAUCAAGCAGCAAGAUUUGAAUUAUUAUGCCGAAUUAUUUCUGAUACCGAUUUAGUAACAUUACCAAAUUCUCGUGGUGAAAAUAUUUUACUAUUUUUAGUUCAAACGGUUGGUCGACAAACCGUUGAACAACGGCAAUAUCGUGCCGGUAGACCACGAACAGCAUCAGCAAGUUCUAGAAAAACACCAAAUUCAGAUAUUGUUGUCCAUCAAGUCGAUUCUGAAAUGCCGGAACAUGAUUUGGAACCACCUAGAUUCAGUAGGCGUGCAUUAGAACGUUUACUGAAUGAUUGGCGUGCCGUACGCAGUAUGAUUAUGUCUGGUGUAAAUGAAGAUGAUCCAUUACGUAAUUCCCAACCGUAUUUAAAAGCUCAAUCUGGUACAACGCUACUUGACAAGUUUACGCAUUGUUUACUUGUCAAAUGUAAUUUAGAGAUGUUGGAUGCAUUAUUAACAACAUUAAUUCGUGAAAUAUUGGACGAUCAUACACCAGGCCGAUCAGCAGAUGCCCAAUUAGUUGCACGUCGUUUUGUACGUUCUGUUGCACGAAUUUUUGUUAUUUUUAGUAUUGAAAUGGCACCAAAUACAACAAAACGUAAAAGUUUUAGUGCAAGUUCGCAACCAUUAACAAAAUGUCGACGAGUAUUCCGUGCAUUGAUACGAUUAUCUGUCGAAGAAUUAUGUGAAACUGCUGAUUCACUGAUUGCACCCGUACGAUUGGGUGUAGCCAGGCCGACAGCACCAUUUACAUUAGCUGCGAACACUGUUGAUGUUAUCAAUGGUUCCGAAGAAUUAUUCUGUGUUGAACCAAUGGCACCAAGUUCAAUUCGUAAUGUUGGUAGUGACAUGAAUGUUAGCAUAGCUUCGCGGGGUGAUAAUAGACCACAAUUAGCUACAGAAUCAGUCCGAUCACGUGCUGAUAAUGCACAACCCUUAUUGGAAGACACUAAUGAUGCCGAAAAUAUGGCCGUCGAUAAUGAUGACGAUAAUGUAUCAGAACAAGAAGACAAUAUCGGUGAUCAACAACGUGUUGGUCGUCAAGAUUCAAUAACUGAAAGUAAUGAAGUACCAGGUGGUCCUUCUGGCGAUCCAUUAAGUAAUAAUCCACCAGCUGAAGAUAGUGAUCCUGAAUUAGAUUUAUUAGCAGAAACUGAAUCAGAUAGUGACGAUAAUCAUAGCAAUCAAGAGACAGUAUCAGCUCAACGUAGUGUACAAACUGGUGCUACAGCUGGUUCUGAUACAGGCAUAGCAUCACUUCUGUUAUUCCCAGAAGACGAAUCAGGUGAAUCAAGCCAACAAGAAGAUGAAGAGAGCGACGCAGCUGAAACCGACGAACAAGAUGCCGAAGAUGCCGUUGCAUUAGCUGAUGAGCAAUUAGAACGAAGAGUCAAUACUCUAGCACAAGGACAUAGAAAUAACUUAGCACCGCAAGGUAUGCAAUGGGCAUUCCGACGUGAAGCAUCCCGUGCGGCUGGAGUUCGUAUUGCUGGUGGAUCCAAUUUAGUUUUCAUUGAUCCCAGUUCGUUAAGACGAUCAACAUCUGCAAACACAACUGCUGUAGCAGCUAGUGCUGAACCUGUAACAAUGGCAACAACGGCAAGCUGUCUUGCGCGUGCUUUUGGUAUUGUAAUACGACAAAUUGCUGAUCUUUUAACAAUGCUUCAACAUUAUACAACUUUGGCGCCAUCAUUACCAAUUACUUUAGAAAUUUCUGAACAAGAAUCGAUUAAUCUUCAGAUGUAUCUAGAAUAUCAAUUAAAACCAACAUGGGAUUGGUUAUUAACUGUUAUGGACACAACAGAAGCUCAACUUCGUUUUGGUGUAUCAUUAACAAGUGCCGCUGAUUCAGCUCAUCCUGCACAUCCCUUACAUUCAGGUGGUAGUGGAAGCGCAAUAAAUUCAACAACAUCUGGUUUAUUAGGAACUCCAACAUUACCAUUAAAUGUACUUGGUGGUACAGCAGCAUCAACAUCAGGGCUUACAUCAAGAUCUCACCGUACACAUCACGUGUCGGGAGGUGGAGAAGCACAUUCUGCACGACGUGAAUUUUUAUCUUAUUGCCUAUCUUUAAUGAGAUCACACAAUGGUGAACAUUUGGAUUCGUUACCAAUUCUAGAUGUAUCUGCAUUGAAACAUAUUGCGUAUGUGUUUGAUGCAUUGAUUUAUUAUAUGAGAUCAGCAUCCGACCAAGCUGACACAGAGACAUUACAAGAUGGUUUACCGCCACAAGCAUGGAAUGAUCAGGACGAGAACGAUAAUGACGAAACUGAAGAAGAAAUUGCCCAUUCUGUUGCUAUGGAUACAGAUUCUGUUGAUGAACAGGAUUCAACUAGUGUAGGCGUUUCAGGGCCAUCGUUAUCUACUGGAUCAUUGUUACAAGGAAAAGGACGAAAACAUCCAUUUUUCCAGCGUUCUGAAUCAACAUUAUGUUUGGGUUCUGCACCACCAGAUCCAUUCGAGACUCCAAUGGCUGAAGCUUUACCUCUUGCUGAUCAACCACAUCUUUUACAACCUAGCGCUCGACGUGAAGAAUUAUUUGGUAUUCCUAAGCAACCAAUUACUAUACCUAGCAGUGGAUCAAACAGUGGUGUACAUAAUCCAUUGGAAGAAUUACCUAUUCAUUUAGGCCUUUCUACAAGGACUGUAAAUGAAUCAGUUCCUGUACCUUCUACAUCAUCAGGAGCUACAGAAUCUAAACCUGGACCAAGUAAAAUUAAAGAAGCAAAUAAUUUCGAAAAUAUCAUUAAAAAAUCCGAACAACAAUCAGGUGAAAUUAGUGGACGUAAUCAAACGAAUCGUCCACAAAUUAUAAUAUCACCACGUCGUAUGGCAGCAGCAGUGGAAGCAGGUCUACUUGCUGCCAACAACUGUACAAAACGAAAUCUUCAGGAUACCAACAAUUCAACUAGCUGUUCAAAUACUCCAUCGUCAAAUUUAAUGUUACCAACAUUUAAUCUUUUACCACCAAUUCAUUUAGGAUCGUCAUCAUCUUCGUCACAACAAAAUUUAACAAAUAUAGCACCUAGUGGUAGCACAACUGUUACAAAUGUUGCUACCGGAUCUGCUACAACAUUAACACCAUCAUCAAUGGUAAUGUCAAUUGGUUCAACAUCAAAUGAUAAUAAUUCAUCGUCGAUUCGAUCACCUAUUAAAAGUGUUAUAGUUCGAGCUGGAUCUUCUUCAAAUAUUAGUGUGCGUUCCGAUAAUUCCGAAACAAUGAUGGUUCCACCAUUUGACACCAGAAACGCAGACACAUUAGAAAAUCAAGAAAUAUCGUCGCAUGUAACAGUUGAAACCACCCCUGUUUCAAGAUCACCACCACCAGUACCUGAACGUGAAAAUACUACUACAAAUAGAGUUGUCGAAUCAAUCCACCCAGCCAUUGGUUCAACCGUAUCCCAUGACUUACUACUUGGUCGAUGGCGUUUAUCAUUAGAUUUAUUCGGACGUGUAUUUAUGGAAGAUGUUGGUUUAGAACCGGGCUCCGUUGUAUCUGAAUUAGGAGGAUUCCCCGUUAAAGAGGCAAAAUUCCGUCGUGAUAUGGAAAAAUUACGUAACGGACAACCACGUGAUUUAACGUUACAUAAAAUGGAACGCGAUCGAACACAAUUACUAUUACAAACCUUUAAAGAAUUAAAUACACAAUAUAAUAAUUAUAGUCGGCGUGCUACAAGUUCGCAACCACCUUUAGCUGUGAAUCGAGUAAAAGUUACAUUUAAAGACGAACCUGGAGAAGGUUCUGGUGUUGCACGUAGUUUUUAUACAGCCAUUGCUGAAGCAUUAUUGGUAAAUGAAAAGUUACCAACAUUAGAAAGUGCGCAAGUCGGUAGUAAAUAUGCUCAUAUGCAUAGUGUAUUACAACGAUUACAUACUCGAGGACGUGAGCCUACAACUAGACGGUCUGGUGGAGGUAGUUCAGCUCGACCUCAAAAUCGAGCACGUGAUCAUUGGCGACAGCUAAGUUACGAUGCAAGAGCGUAUGCUCCACCUCCGCAACUUUUACAACCUGAGGGGUUAGCAGCAGUUGCUGGUGGUUCUAGUGGUGGUGGUGCAGGUGGUAAUGGAGGUGGAGGUCCGUCUCCAGGACCAUCUUCUUCGUCUAAUAAUAUGAACGAUCACUUAACAUUACAUCAACAACAAUUGGGCGAACGUCUAUAUCCAUUAGUAUAUGCAAUCCAUCAAAGUUUUGCUGGUAAAAUUACCGGUAUGCUGUUAGAAUUAUCACCGGCUCAAAUUUUAAUUUUAUUAUCGUCUGAGGAUUCCUUACGAUUGAAAGUAGAAGAAGCUGUUGAUCUUAUAUUAGCACAUAAUCAUGAGCUUGCUUCUGAAGCAUUGCUCGAUUUAGAUGUUUUUUCGUUAACGGAACGCGCACGACGUAAUGCAUCUCGAAGUAAUGUGGAAACAAAUAUUCAAGAAGAUUCAAAUUCAGAUGAUACAGAAGAUAAUAGUCCAUUAUUUUAUUGUCCUGGUAAACGUGGUUUUUAUUCACCACGACAAGGAAAAGCUAGUUUUGAACGAUUAAAUGCAUUUAGAAAUGUUGGAAGGUUAUUAGGAUUAUGUCUUUUACAAAAUGAACUGUGUCCAAUAUUCUUAUCACGACAUGUUUUAAAAUACAUACUGGGUAGACCAUGUAGAUUCCAUGAUUUAGCAUUUUUUGAUCCUGUAGUUUAUGAGUCAUUACGACAAUUGGUCGUUGAUGCUGAAACAAAAGAAUCAAAUAGCUUAUUUAGUGCGUUAGACUUAACAUUUAGUAUUGACUUAAAUCCGGAAGAAGGAGGUGGAACACAAGAUUUAAUAACUGGUGGACGUAACAUUGAAGUAACCGCUUCUAAUGUAUAUGAUUAUGUAAGAAAAUAUGCCGAAUGUCGAAUGAUUCGAACACAAGAAAAGGCUAUAGAGGCUCUCCGUUCUGGCGUUUUUGAUGUUUUACCGGAAGGUUCAUUAGAUGGAUUAACCGCUGAAGAUUUAAGAUUAUUGUUGAAUGGUGUUGGCGAUAUAAAUGUAUCAGUUUUAAUUUCAUACACAUCAUUUAAUGAUGAAUCUGGUGAAACAAGUGAACGUCUUGUGAAAUUUAAACGAUGGCUUUGGUCUAUUGUUGAAAAAAUGACACAUGUUGAACGUCAAGAUUUGGUAUACUUUUGGACUGGAUCACCAGCAUUACCAGCUAGUGAAGAUGGUUUCCAACCAAUGCCAUCUGUUACAAUCCGACCAGCUGACGAUACUCACUUACCAACAGCAAACACAUGUAUAUCACGAUUAUACAUACCGUUGUAUAGUAGUCGCACUGUAUUAAGACAUAAAUUAUUAUUAGCUAUAAAAACAAAGAAUUUUGGUUUUGUGUAAAAAAAAAACAUAAAGAUUAUAUAAAAUGAGAAAAGCAUACGCGCACACUCACACAAAUUUCAAAAAAAUAAUACACAACUAAUACAACAACAUAACCCCAUUAUUAUUUAUACAAAAUUUAUUUUCACAAGACGAAACAAUAACACUUUUUAUCCCCCAGGAAACAAUCAUUUCUUCUAGAAUUUAAUUCAUUUAUUUUUGCUUCAG